AUGCGCCGUUCUGUAACUCACUUGCCCAAAGACCUGGACAGGACCAUCGACCCGGGCAAACGAGCCGGGCAAACGAGCAAGGCAAACGAGCAAACGCACAGGUUCCGCGGAGGCUUGGCCCCCGCGCUGCUGCAGCAGCUGGUGCUCACGGAGAACCAGCGGGGGGAGCAGUUGGUGCACCUCAACUCCGGGCGGCAGCUCCUGGAGGAGCUGCUACUGUUGGGCGCCAACUUCUCAGCGCGCACUGCGCUCGGGGCGCUGCCCUUGCACACGGUGGCAGGGUUGUCCGAUGCCUCCCAAACCCUGGAGCUGUUGGCCCGGUAUUCCGAGGAUGUGGCCAGCGCCCGCGAUUCCCGUGGCCGCUUUUGCGCGCACUACGCCGCCGCGGCCGGGGCCGGCGGGAAUUUGCGGUGGCUCAGGGAGCAAGGAGCCGACCUUCGGGCGCGGGACUAUGAACUUCUGCUGCCUCUGGAGCUGGCGUUUGCUGGCGGCCACUUCGAUUUAGUGCCCGUCUUCGCGGGAGACUUCCCGUUAGAGGCCGCCGCAGGCUCUGGGAACGUUUCGCUGGUUCAGCAGCUGGUCCUGGACGGCUACUCCCCACACGAGGUGGACGAGCGGGCGCGCACGGCCAUCUUCGAGGCCUUGGAGAAGGACCGCGUGGACGUGGCACAGCCACUGAGCUCUGAGCGGGGCUUUUC